AACUGUUUCCCCUGUGAACGGAAAUAGAAAAAGAGAAAAAAGAAUAAAUUCUUACUAAAAUAAAAUGUCUACUGGGCACUUAUAACAAUGUAGCCCACUGGUGUUGUUAUUUGUGCAGAGUGAGUGAAAGUUAGCUGCUGCAUGUGGGGCUGCGGGUGUUUGUGGGUCGAUGUGCAGUGGGCUGUAAUAACCACAUACCACAAAUCAUACCUAUGACACGUACACAUUUAUUUUUCAUCCUGUUUUUGACAGUUUAAAUGUCAGUGUGGUUCAGAUACGAGAGCAACAACCUGUUUAACAUGUGUCAACUGUAGGGAAAGAAGAGACAAACACACAUGCAAUAUCAGAUAUUAAACAUUACACCCUGCUUGCAUGUGUGUGUGUGUGUGUGUGUGUGUGUGCGUGUGCGUGUGCGUGCUCAGUGUAAUUACAUAUUUAGACUGGGGGAAAUGACAGGCUGCAGGGAAGUAAAGGAGAGGAUUAAGACUGUAGCAUCAGCACAGAGGUAGCCAGUAUUCACCUGUGUUAGGACCAUGUGGUGGAUUUUUGUUUUUCUUAUUGAAAUCAUCCGCUUCAAGUUACAGAAACAGGACAUCAAAUGGAGUGAAACCAGCACUUUGAAGCACAUCCUGAGCAGCUCACCGACAGAAUGAGAAGAAAAUGGAAGCAGUGAGUUACGCCCCGAUGCAAGAACAAUCCAUCAAACCGCCGCAUCUGUGAGUCACCUAGCUUUGGAAACCAACCAUCCAGCUGGUUUGAGAUCUCCCAAAAAAAAGGAAGAUUGAUAGCAUCAUAAAUGGAGAGAAAUAAGGAAACCCUUCUGCUGUGUCUUCUUCUUCUGGCUAUUGUUCAUGUCUGCCCUAUCCAAAACUGUCAGAGCGUACCAGAUAACGUUCACAGAGCUCUCACCUGCUACAGUGACUACAAUCGUACCAUCACUUGUGUGUGGAACAGCGUGCCUGAUCGUCCAGACAGCGUGUGCACAAUUUACGCAGAAUGGAAAAGUCAAUUUAUCAGUUACAGCAAUUCAUGUGACCUGGAGCCUGUUGACGCCUCCCGACCAACGCUAAGGAAGUGCUCAAUGAUGUUCAAAAGAGAUCGUGCUCUGAAAGCCAGCGACUUUGUGUUUCGGCGCACUCAUAACAUCUCCAUUAAUCUGAGCUGUAAACCUGGGACCCAAAGUUUGAACAUUUUCUUCGUGCCAGCUUGUCACAUAAAGCUGAAUCCUCCGCCAAAACCUGCUAUCAACUCUACCACCGCUUCCUGGUUUCCUCAAAUUUUGGAGCAGCGAAGUAGUUCUUACUGCACCCAACUACAGUGGACACAAGAGGAUCAGUCAUGGAGUGAUCCUAAGGAAUCAUGCAUACAGUGUAAAUGGGACUGCACAACGGAACUGAACCCUGAUCAGCUGAUAAAAGGCGAAAGGUAUAAGGCACGCGUUCGAGUAAAGGACAAUUCAAGAAACACCAAGUCAACCUGGAGUGACUGGGGCCCUACCACAUCAUGGGUAUCACCCAUCGGAAGACCAAAACCACAAACAUCAGAUUUUUCUGGUCUUUUGGGCAUCGUUGCCGGUGCGGCGGCAUUGGCUGUGUUUCUCAUUGUCUUACGAUACAAGACCGACAAAACCACCUGGGUUUACAUAGUUAAGCGAAUCAGAGGUCCGCCCCUUCCAAACCCAGAGAAAUUCUUCCAGCAGAAUGGAAAUUUCCUGAGUUGGAUGAGCCCUCACUUCAACGAUGAAUCCUUUCAAUCCAUCUUUAAACCAGUGGAAAUCGUCUCUGUAGAAGUGACCUCCAUUGUGGACGGUGUCACACCCUGCAGGCAAGAGGCGGCGCUGUUAGAAAAAAUGAGAACUGAAAGCAGCCAAUUGUCGACCAGUUCCAACUACUCCAACCCCAGUUACUCCUGUCCUCCUCCUCCUGUCACCUCGCUCACUGCGGGGAAUCUGCCGCCCUGCGACACUGAUACACCUUAUGGGCCUGUUGUUAGUCAAAGCGAAGGGAAAAAUGAACAACAGGAUAGGGAUGAAGAGAGAAGGAGAGAAGUGGAGACCCGCCAGUUGCUCUCCAAAUGUAGCAACAGCAGUGAGCUUAUGCCGGUGAUUUUAGACUAUGAGAAGGUUGAAAAGGUCCAGGUCGAGCGCUCCAGGCUCCAGAGUCUAGAUUCAGGCAUGUGCAGUGGUGAAGAGGUCAGUCAAGAGAGUCUGGAGGCAGAUAGCAUCACUAUGAGUGAUAGUCACGACGAGGAGCCUGAAGGUGAGGAGGAGAGGGAGGGAAGGAAUGAGAAAGAAACAGAUUUAAAGAAGUUGUUUGGAGGCGGUGGAGAUAUUUUUGGCAAAGGGUCCAUUCAGGUUUGUUCCGGUUACGAGCAAGUCCAGAAGCUGCAGGCUGACUGCCCUGAGCUCCCUAGCUUGGAUUCAGACAUUAGCAGUGGAGGUGAGGAGCAGGUGAGUCAGGAGGAGAGUCUGGAGGAUGCUGGUAAGUCCACUGAAUCUACCAGCCUCCUUCUUCCUCCUCCAUUUAGUGCCUUACCGUGCUCCAUGCCCUCUUUCUCACUGCCUUUGAACUUCUCUGGGCCAGGUUUUAGUCCAGCUCUGCGACCUUUGUCAAGUCAUUUACUUGAGAGGAUUGCUCUACUGCCAACUAACAGGUCAGUAGAGCCCUCUAGUGAUGGAUACAUGCCGGUAAGACAGGAACAAAGCUGAGAACAAAAAGAAAUCUCUCCAACAGGCCUAAUAGAAAAUGCUGUACAACACACCAUGACAGCCUGACUACUAGAGAGCAAGUCAGACAUGCUUGUUCACUGUUCGCAGUAGUAUGUAACAUUAAAAGGACAUUUAUUCAACGCUUAAUGUCCAACUCUCAAAGACGGUACAAUAUAUGAAUGUAUUUUUGUUUCACACUGCUUUAUUUAGCAUAUUUCUCAACGUGUAUUUAUUAUUUGAGAAAACAAGAGGCUAAUAUUUUUCCAAUUAUGCUUUCGUUGUUUUUUAUACUAAAAAAAUUUGGAAAAAAAUAUGUACUUUUGUGUUACUUAUUGUGACAGUUUGCAGGGAGAAAGAUGUAUGGGCAAUGUCUACUGUACCUGCUUGAAGGGUUUUUACACUGCUGUGUUGCUGGUGAGACGAUAUAAUGUCUUCACGAUCAGCCAUUGUAAUACAAUAGCUCAAGAGACACUUUUUACUUGUUUAUUCAAGAUGGAUACAUGCAGAUUAUAUGGAAUGCUGGGUAAUUUAAUAGAUUUUAUUUUUUUAUUCAAAAAAUUACAAAUAUGUGGCUGCACCAAAGGCAUACUGUCCAUAAGUGUAGAUUGACUUAUCUCUAAAGCGCAUGAUGUGAAUUGAUUGUAACGAAUCUCAAAACCUGAGACCUUCCCCAAAUUUCUCAACUGCAUAUUACAGCCUGUGGACCAACUUCUAUGUAGAGGACACAUGCCGAAUUUUUCACAGAAAAUGCAAAGAAUAUCGAUCAGGAAAUCCCUCUCCGCCAGAGAGCCGUCUGGGACAAACUUAUCCCAGCAAUGUGACGCAUCUCUUUUCAGCUUCGCUAUAGUGCUACAGUGUGCAGCCAUAACAUCAGCUAACGUUAGCUAAGAAAUGGAGUCAGCUAAUGUCAACAAACGACUGGCACCCACCACAACACAGAGUCCACACCAACUGGGUCUCACUCCGAAGUCUUGGUCAGUGACUUUCGACACCAGACACUGAUAAAAAAGCCGUCCUUCCACGUCAUCAUGAUACGUGGUCAGCUACCGUUAUUGUUUAACAGUGUCCAAUAGCUAUGUUUCCAUCAGCCAUCAGCCUGUUUAGAUGCGCAUCGGAGUAUCGCAUCGGAAAAUUAUGAUGGAAACUAAAAUACGCUCCCUUUAGCCGGGUUUUGGUUGAUUAAAAAAAAUGUUGAUUCGCAAAACGGGGGAUGGAAACAGUUAUGUUCGAAUUAAGUCUGAUGUAGCGCACCUCUCUCCAUGGUGAUAUCCACACUCUGGAGCGGGAGGGCGGUAAUGCAUUUACAAGCUGGUUGCCAACCGCCAGAAAACGUAGAAGAAGAAGAAUGUGAGACUUAUUUUGUUUCGGUUCUGCGGAAAACUCGCGCAAGUUCGUAGUUUUCACCAAAGUCCGAACAAAAUGGAAACACACAGAAUUCGUAUUGCUUUUAAUGCGCAUUUCCCAAUGAUCCGAAUCACUUUUGGAUGGAAACAUAAUGAAAGUUAAGGCAGCGGGAGUCUGAGUAGGAAGGGCAGGAGGGGUGACGGAUGUGACUCGAUACCACCGACCUUCACCAGGGAGGGCAGUGUUCACCUCCUGAAAGAUUGUAAAGCAUUUUCCUUUUUUCCUAAACCCAACCACAUGCCUUUGUUUGCCUAAACCCAACCAUGUGCAUGUGUUGGCAAAAUGUAAUCAUGUGCAUUUGUUGAAAAUUUACAAUUCACGGUGCUGUAUAUCGGCGUAGUGGGUUUAUUUUGAAACAGAAUAUAUGCAAACUUUACAUUUCCUGUGAGAACAGAGGUAUAUUUUGAAAACAGACAAUGCAUGUAACAGGCUGAAGUUGACACGGCGUUCCAGAAUGUCAAUAAGCAACGUACCCAGGGUACCUUGCACGUCAUAUGUCGAAGGGGAAGGUCCAUGACCAAAUGUCAAUAUGUGACAAUGUCGGAAUGAGAAUAUGUUGGCUGUUUUUCUGUUGUAUAAGACCUUUACCCACUGCUUCAGUUUGCGCUGUCUAAAUUUGAGCCGUUACAGCUGUUGACUGAAGGUCCAUCCCAGGAGCUGCCAUCCAUGUUCCUUCAUGGAAAGUAACCAUGUAGUGGAAAGGCAGCGGGGUGCGCUAGCGAAUUCUUGUCUCAUCUGUUGUCUGAUAAACAGUAAAUUCAUCAAUUCAGUGCCCCAUAUCAUAGUAUCAGUGCCCCAUUGUGCUGAAAAAAAAUCCACAGGAAACACUGACAUGUGAAAUACAUUGUGAUACUGUGUUUUUAGCUGGCAAAUGUUAGCUAACCUUGGGUUGCUUUCUAACGCAGAUGAACUGCUAGCCAGCAAACGUUGCAAAAUAAGGUACUAAGUGGAUAACAUCAGCAAGUUCAUCCAGACCUCAGGGGCUCAGGGCCAUGCAGCAUAGUUAGCUGGGCGGCCAACGAGUCUAUUCUCAGCUAAGGUUAGCCAACUAGCUGUAAAGCUGCAUAGAUCUGCUGUUGAUUCCUUUGUAACUGGCAGCUGCUUCAGACUAUCCCUCCACAUCGUGUUGCAUCGGAUGCCCUUAAAUAUGGAACUCUAUGGGUCACAUCAUGUAAAAACCUGUGGUUUCAGCUUAACCCCUGAAAAGAUGGGCAAGUAGGUACGUCCUUAUUAUUCACUUAUUAUUCGUCCUUAUAUUCUCAACAAUACUAUGGCGAGACGUAGUAUUGUUGACAUUCAGCUCCGUAACGAUCUCCCUCCAGCCAGCUGUGGCCUUAUUUAGGUUUUUGUAGUGAUUAGAGGAGCUAUCAGAUAAAUAACUCCUCAUUUCAACUGAAUUAAUCUGCUGUUCCUCGUCCACUGGGUCGCUUUCAAUGUGAGUGACAGAAUGAAAAUAGAAAUGGGGCAUCUGACAAGUUCAGCUCUGUGGUUCACUGAACAGCCUCUGAGAGGGGUGUCGCUAAAAACAAGGAUUUUCUGAAAGUAAGUCACGGAACCUUUAUGUGAUUUAUUUAUUUCUUUUUAUUUUUUUACUGAGUCAGUCAUAAAUGUAUCCUGUCAUAUUGUCACUGUAUUCAUUGUUCAAGGCCAACAAUCAUGUUGAAUGCAUUUCCUACCUCAAGCAUUUGCAAAGCAUGUAUUUUUGAAUGUUCUGAAACCUGCACUGUGUGUCGCAGUCUUCCUCUCUUUUAUCGGUGCAUUGCUACUGUAUUAACUGCAUCCACUGUUUGUGCCCUCUGGAGUCGACAGAAAUGUUCACUGAGUCUGUCGUGGGUUGUGUGUGUGUUCUCUGCGGGUUCAAGAGAACAUAAACAACCCACUUAUCAAAACAUUGCUAUCUAGUGGUAAAAAAAAAAAAAAAAAACUCCACAGGAUAUUGUAAUGGCGUCAUUAGUCACAUGUUUAAUAUGUGUAAACUGGCAACUAUAUUAAAAAGUACUGACUGUUGGUAUUUAACCUCUGUAAACUAUGUUAAGACUCAUCUAACAUUGUAUGAUUAUGUUUUUUGUUAUUUUUAUUUUCAUAUUGCUGAAAAUAUGUGGCAUGCUCUAUGAAAAAUAUUAUAUGCUGCAACAGCUCAUUUCUAGAUAAACCUGGAUUUAUGUCAUCUUGAUUGUUGGUCAUUUGGAAAUUUACUCAUUUCAUCCGAGUACUCGGCUCAACCGUGGUAUUUUGUUUGAUAUUUGGAGUGAAAAAAGAAUUCUGAUAUUAUUGUAAACAUUAAAAUAUCUUUCCAACAGUGUAUAAAACUCAGAAUGUGUUUGAGGGUUUGACUUCAGUUUGACUGAAGAAUGAUAAAUCAAUUCACAUUUGUUAUUGUAGGGAUGAAGGUUUUCAUGUAUUCACAAUAAAGGAAACUCAUACUGGCA